AUGCCUGAAUCCUGGGUUCCUGCAGGCACCAACCAGAGCUCAGUACACGAGUUCAUCCUCCUGGGCUUCGCCCACAUCCCCAUGCUGCGCCCACUGCUCUCGGCACUCUUUCUGGCCAUGUUCCUUCUCACACUGAUGGGCAACGGGACCAUUGUGCUGCUGACCAUAUGGGACCCAGCCUUGCGUGCCCCCAUGUAUUUCUUCCUGCGCCAGCUGGCCCUCGUGGAGAUCUGCUUCUCUCUGGACAUUGUGCCCCGGCUGCUGGUCACCCUGAUGUGGCCUGGGAGGGGGAUGCUCCCCGUGAGUUGUGCACUGCAGAUGUUGUUGGUGCUGGCCCUCGUCACGUCCGAGUGCUUCCUCCUGACCGUCAUGGCCUUGGACCGCUAUGUGGCCAUCUGCAGGCCGCUGCACUAUGGUGCCAUCAUGAGUCCACUGCUCUGCCACCUGCUGGCUGUCACCUGCUGGCUGGCUGGAGUCCCUGUGUCACUGGUCUUCACCAUCUGGCUCUUCAACUUCCCCUUCUGUGGGCCCCAUGGCAUUCGUCACUUCUUCUGUGACAUCGCCCCUCUGCUGAGCCUGGUGUGUGCGGACACAAAGGUCUUUGAGACCAAUGUGUUGGUGGCCACCGUGCUGGUCAUCAUGGUUCCAUUUUGCCUGAUUGCUGUGUCUUACAUCGGUGUUUUGGCCACCGUCCUGGGUAUGUCAUCAGCCACAGGGCGCCACAAAGCCCUGUCCACAUGUGCUUCCCAUCUCAUCGUGGUCAUUCUGUUUUAUGGCACGACAGGGGUCAUCCAUUUGCGACCCAAGGCCAGUUACUCUCCAGAGAGCAAGCAGAUAGUUUCCCUUUCCUAUACUCUGGUCACCCCCAUGCUCAACCCCCUCAUCUACAGUCUGAGGAACAAGGAGGUGAAGGCUGCCUUGGGCCGUGUGUGCUGUGGACGGCACUGGGCUGGUCCCCAUAAAUGA